GCAUCACGUUCGAGAUUCGAACACCCCGAUUUUAAUCCACUAUAUUGCAAGAACAACACCAAAAGAGACUAUGUACUUCGUAGAAUUUGCCUCAGCUUACAUGGUUGGCGUGCAUCAACACUAUGGAAAUGCAUUGGUUUUUGCCCGGUUUAGCUAAGCUGACCGCCCAAUUUGAUGCGUUUGUGUACAAACAUAAAAGGAGGCAUGGCACCUCUGAAGAUGAGAAACUUCUAAUCAGAACAUGCUCAUAAAGCCAUCUGGGGUCAAGGGUUCCGCCGCAAAAGUCACAUAUCGUUCCGAGAAAGACGCAAUGUCCGUUCCGACACAAUGCGGUAGCCAGACGUGGUCUCAGUUCACAUUCAACAUGCUUUGUCAACUUCGAGCUUUCAUGCAUACGCUGUAUCUCUUCACCGCCAAUGAUUUUCACACUUUCGCUAUACCAACGACGCUGUUUGCAACUUUUGGUGCCCUUUCAGGUCCAAUUCUAACCACGAACCCCAAUCCGUCCAUUCUUGAGGUCUUGAGCAAGCUUCCAGCUGCGCUUAUGAUAGUCUGGGCCAACUUGCUGAUCUUCGACAUUUCCAAUCAACGAUCGCCGGCCGCUGUUGAGGAAGACAAGAUCAAUAAACCACACCGGCCGCUUCCUAGUGGGCGAAUCUCCAUCGACGCGACGCGCCGUCUUCUUCUUGUCGGAAUACCGGUUGUCUUAGCUCUGAGCUGGUCCAUGGGCUGUUGGCAAGAGGCACUUCUUCUAUUCACAGCAACAUGGAUGUACAACGACCUGCAGGGUUGCGAUGAAGAUUGGAUUCUUCGAAACUUCUUGAUCGCCGUGGGUUAUGGACUCUUCUCUUCCGCGGCACUGCGCGUCAUGACAGGACCCGAACAUGCCAUCACGACGAAAGGGCUGCAAUGGAUUGCACUAGUCACAAUGGUAAUGUUUGUGACUCAACAUAUCUGUGACAUCAAAGACGCAGAGGGCGAUAGGUCUCGAGGGCGUCGAUCCGCGCCGAUUGUGCUUGGAGAUGAGCUUGUCAGAUUGAGCGUUGCGUUACCGAUAAUCAUCUGUUCGAUCGUAUGCCCGGCCUUCUUCGGACUUGGUAUUGGCUCUUAUACUGCGACCGUGGGUCUGGGAGGGUUGGUUGCAGGAAGAACUUGGAUGCUAAGAGAUCUAAAGAGCGACAAACUGACAUGGAAGCUUUGGGCUCUGUGGACAGUGAUGUUGUUUGCAUUGCCUUUGCUCAAGAACCCUCAGGUUCUUGCGAGUAUAUUUCUGACUCUUCUGGCCAAGGUGUGUCCUACUGGAAACUGCGCGAAAUCAUUGAAUUUAGUCGCAGUAUCCAGUGUAGCACUGGUCGUUGGGGGAAGGAAAGCAUAUGUACAAGCUGGAUGGAGUGCAUUUGGGGCCGCGGCCAAUUCGACGAUACCCGAGAUACAGAUCGAGGGUGUCAUGUAA